GGGAGGGGAGAGACUAGAGGCCCCACGGACGCGGGCGCGCGGAGCCCGCGGAGGUUGGCGCGGCGUUGGCGCGCACGCGCCUGGGCGCGCGCCCGGUGGGGCGGUCCGGGAAUCGCCGCCGCUCGCAAGCCCUUGGGCCGCGGCCGGGUGCCUGUUCUUCCUUUCGCUUCUGUCGUGCUCAGUAGGUCAAGCCGGUGUAUGUGCGGCAAUAACAUGUCUGCCCCGCUUCCCGCCAUCGUGCCCGCCGCUCGGAAGGCCACCGCUGCGGUGAUUUUCCUUCAUGGUUUGGGAGAUACAGGGCAUGGAUGGGCAGAAGCCUUUGCGGGUAUCAGAAGUUCACAUAUCAAAUAUAUCUGUCCGCAUGCACCAGUUAUGCCAGUAACAUUAAAUAUGAAUAUGGCUAUGCCUUCUUGGUUUGAUAUUAUUGGGCUUUCACCAGAUUCACAGGAAGAUGAACCUGGAAUUAAACAGGCAGCAGAAAAUGUAAAAGCUUUGAUAGAGCAAGAGGUGAAGAAUGGCAUUCCUUCAAACAGAAUUAUUUUGGGAGGAUUUUCUCAGGGAGGAGCUUUAUCUUUAUACACUGCUCUUACCACACAGCAGAAACUGGCAGGUGUCACGGCACUCAGUUGCUGGCUUCCACUGCGGGCUUCGUUUUCACAGGGUCCUAUCAGUGGCGUUAAUAAAGAUAUUUCUAUUCUUCAGUGCCAUGGAGAUUGUGACCCUUUAGUUCCCCUAAUGUUUGGUUCUCUUACUGUCGAAAAGCUAAAAACAUUGGUAAAUCCAGCCAAUGUAACCUUCAAAACCUAUGAAGGCAUGAUGCACAGUUCAAGUCAACAGGAAAUGAUGGAUAUCAAACAAUUCAUUGAUAAACUCCUACCUCCAGUUGAUUGACAUCACUAAAAGGUCUUGUGUAGAAGUACAUACCAGCGUCAUUGUAACAGAGUAUAACUUUUUUCUGUACCCUAUCUUGAAACUUGUAAUGUUUGCAGUGUUAAACUGUUUUGCAAAUACACACCAAUGACACAGAUUACGUAGUAUCUCCUCAUGGGAAAUUUAUGAUCUUUUAAGUUUCUAUAUAUGUAUUUGUAUAAUAUGAUCCAGAAUAUACUAGUAUUAAAAUAGGUGAAGCAGCUAGCUUCUUUUUCCCAAAUGUGAUUCAGCAUUUAUACAGCAAAAUAAUAAAAUACUGCAACCAGACUUUUUAUUACAUCAUUUGAAAAUUAUUAGUAUGGUUAAUGAAAUCUUGUUCAGGUAUAAAUGAGCAGUUAAAAUAUAAAUAAUUUAUAAAUGCUGUGACUUAGUCUAUGGACUUAUUCCAAAAUUACUUAGUCACCAUGCAGUAUCUGUAUUUUUAUAUAUGUAUUCAUAUAUGCUUAAUGAUUAUAGUACAUAAGAAUGAGGUGUUAUUAUAUUAUUCCUAACAGUAGGGAUAAUGCUUCUAAGUGUCAAUAAAGAGUAUUAUUGCUCUCUUCAAUUAAUGGCCCUUUUAAUUUGGGAACCAGGCUUUUUUUCCCGUUAUCAUUUCUUAAUAUUCUUUUUUCCUCCGUAGAAAAGUGUUCUUUCUUCCCUCUUAUCCUUUAUAACAGACCAAAUAUUGCCUCCUUGCCAUAGACAUCUGCUUUCAAUACACGCUGUAAUUUGACAUUCUGAAUCACAGACAUGAUAGUAUUUAAAAUGUAUUUAUACUUAAAUAAAAAACCAAGCAUCACUUCAAACUUCCUACACUACUUAUUUGUUAAACUAUACCUUAGCUCAAAGUUAUGCUAUGUAGUUAUUAGAAUCUUCAGUCCAGUUUGUGGUGGUAUUUUUUCUGUAAUUAACUGAAAGAAUAAUUAGGUCAUAUUCUAGUGUGUUCUGGAAUAUUUAAGAAUGAUCUUAACUAAUUUCUAAGAUGAUUUGCUCUGAGAUUAUUCUCCUUGUAGCACAGUCUUAGUUUACUUAUUUGUACAUAUGUUUGAAAUCAGCUACUGUAGGAAAUGAACAAUCAAUUAAAAAAAUUUGCUUUACUUUUAUCUGCCAAUGGACUUAUUUGAAAUAUUCACUUUAGUUAGGUGAUUUUUUUAAAAUUAGUUUUUAUGCAAGCGUGAAAGUAGCAAUUAUUUGAUUUUAAAUAGUCAAGUUUUUUAGAUUAUUGGUAAAGCUAUUUGAAAACAAAUUUAUGGGUUAUAAAGUGUAGUCAGAACUCAGUACAUAUGGUGUAGUUACCACCCAGUUUAAUAUAUAGCAAAAAUACAUAUGUGCUUGAUAUUUCUGAACUGUUGUUAAUUUUUCUGCUGUAUUCCAACUGACUAAAACAAUGUUAGAAAUGCAUCUUUAUAAAUGGGUGCUAAUUGAAAAUGGAAAUAAUUUAGUAAUGGACUAUAUAGAAUGUUAAUAAUGAAGCCAUAUGUUUAUGUCUGGAUUCAAAAUUUUUAAACAAUCAUUUAAUAAGUCAUGUUGCUUUACCUUGAUGAAUAUAAGCUGUUGUUUCAGUUAUAAAAAUCAGCAAGAUCUAAUUUAUGGCAAGAGAUAUUCCGUUGAAAUAUUGCGCUGUAAUAUGGGGAAAUGUAAAUCUUUUUCACGGUUUCUAUCAAUGUGAAAUAAAAUUUAAUUCUGAGUUU